AUGCAGGUCUACAAGCCCUGGCAUCAGAUGAAAGAUUUGAUCAAGGAUCCAGAGGAUGUCUCGCAGAAGCUUCGAGCUCUCUGGAGCCAACCGGAUCUUACGGAGCUGUCCAAGAAGGCUGGCACUGCUGGCACCUGCGAAGGCUGGGACCUUGGUGCUCAGAAGGACAAGGUCCGGGAUGCUGUGACCCUGGAGACGCACAUGACCUGCCUUGGCGUCCUGCAGAAAGAGCUUGGCAAAGAGGAAGGCCGGCGCGUGUACGACGCGAUUGCAGAAGAAAAUGAGCAUCGAACCUGGGACAAGAGGAUGCCAAAGAUCUUGCAGAGAAUAGAAGCGCAAAAACCAGAUCUUGUGGCAUUCCAGGAAUACGAUAUGCAUAAUCUCAAGGCCAACAAGCUGGAGUUCCAUGAGCACAUGAAAGACAUAGGAUACGAAGGUGCACACCUGCUCUGUCCUGGCCAGGAGCGAGCAGGACUU